UCUCAGCCCAACAUUUGAUCACUCGCACCCAAAAUCUUGGAAGCCAUCCAUGGAUUACAUUUUUUAUCCAUUCUUGUAUCUUGCCCUCUUCUUGCCCUUGUACCUAAUCUCCAAACACUUUCACCGGAAAUUCAAGAACCAUCCACCGGCGCCGUUCCUCACUCUCCCCCUCCUCGGUCAUCUGUACCUCUUUAAGAAACCUCUCCACCAAGCCUUAACCAAUAUCUCCAACCGCUAUGGCCCCGUCCUCCUCCUCGAGUUCGGCUCCCGGAAAGUCCUGUUGGUCUCCUCCCCUUCCGCGGCGGAGGAGUGUCUGUCGAAGCACGACGUCGUUUUCGCAAACCGGCCACGUCUGAUGGUCGGAAAGUACCUAGGCUGCAACUACACUACCGUAGCGUGGACCUCCUACAACGACCACUGGCGGAACCUCCGCAGAAUCGCCGCCAUCGAAAUCCUGUCCACCCACCGCCUCCAGAUGCUCCACGACAUCCGCGCGGACGAGGUGAAGUACAUGAUAAGAAAGCUAGAUUCGUCCUCCAAAGCAGGAGCUCCAGUUGAAAUGAAGAGCGUGUUUUUCGAGCUGAUGUUGAACCUGAUGAUGAGGAUGAUCGCCGGGAAACGGUAUUUCGGCGAGAACGUGGAGGAUCUGAAAGAGGCAAACCGGUUCAGGGAGAUCCUCACAGAGAUUGUACUCAUCAGUGGGGCAACCAACAUGGGAGACUUUGUGCCGUGGUUGAAGAAGGUGUUCUGGAGCAUGGAGAAGAAGAGGUUUGUGAAGGUGCAACGGAAUAGAGACGCUUUUAUGCAGGACUUGAUCGAAGACUGCCGGAAACAAAUGGCAGAAAACAUCAGUACUGAGGAUUCCACGGAGCCUGCAGGGAAGAAGAAAUCAUUUGUUCAAGUGCUGCUCACACUCCAAGAAAAUGAACCUGAAUAUUAUCAGGAUGAAAUUAUCAGAGGCCUCAUGUCGGUUAUGUUAGGAGCAGGAACAGAGACAUCCUCCGGUACAAUGGAGUGGGGGCUAUCACUUCUGCUAAAUCACCCACAAAUCUUGAAGGCGGCACAAAAGGAGAUCGAUGAUUUGACCGGACAGAAGCGAUUAAUCCAGGAAUCAGAUUUGGGUAACCUGCCCUACCUGCACUGCGUACUGAACGAAAUAAUGAGAAUGUGCCCAGGCGCCCCUCUGUUAAUCCCACACGAGUCCUCAGAGGAGUGCACCGUCGGCGGCUACCGUAUCCCCGCCGGCACAAUGCUGAUGAUCAACUUGUAUUCUAUCCAAAGAGACCCCAAGUACUGGGAUGAACCGGAGAAAUUCAAGCCGGAGAGAUUUGAAGGGUUUGCCGGAGUAAGAGAUGGAUUCAAGAUGAUGCCUUUUGGAUCUGGAAGGAGAAGCUGCCCCGGCGAAGGACUGGCGUUGCGUAUGGUUGGGCUGUCAUUGGGAUCAUUGAUCCAAUGCUUUGAUUGGGAAAGAAUUGGCAGUGAAAUGGUGGAUAUGACCCAAGGAAUUGGAAUAACUAUGCCCAAAGCGUCGCCGUUGACGGCUAACUGCAAGACGCGACCUUUCGUCGCCCAUCUGCUUUCUCAGACUGAAGUCUAGAACAUCUAAAAACAUGGCGGCUCGGUUCACACGUCUUUUGCUAAGACGAGGGACCACAGCGGCUAAAUCGUUAUUUAUCGGAAGACUGCUGGAGAUAUUUUCUCUAAUAUAUUACUAUGUUUUAGUUUUGAAGAAGGAUCUAUUUUUCUCUGUUUCUUUUUCUUCAUAUGUACUUGUAAAAAUAUAUUCCUUUCGUCCCA